CAUUAACAGUAUAUCCUAGGAAAUACGCAGGUUCAGAAUGGUCGUGAAUAAUAUGUUUAACACGUUCACGCCGUACAGUGGGUGUUGUUGAUCCGAAAACCCGAACAAAUUAAAUAACGAAAUGUUCUGAUUUUUAUGAAAUUUCGUAUAGCCGAGGUUUUUCGGUGCGCCAUUUACGAAUCUGAAAUCAAAAUUUAAAAAAUCAAAAUGACGGAUGCAAUACGAUCGACUCGUAUGCCAAAAAGUUAUUAGAUUUCUAUGAAAUUUCGGUCUUUCGGUUUUUCGGUCUGAUAUGAAAAUUAUUUUUUUUAUUUUUCAUCAUUUUUGUCCGCGUUCUCGGGUCAAAUCACCCAUUACGCGCCGGCGCUGUUUUUUUAUGUUCCCCGCCAUGGGACGGCGUGCGCAUUCAUGCUUUACUCCAUCUAACGGCGAUGAUUUCCUCGUUUCUCGCCCAUGGUCCCAUGGUUCGGCGAUCGUAUUUCAUCGUAUUCAAACAUUCUGACUUACUUACUAUAUAUAUACUCUCUUGAUAUAUUGACCAUGUACUUUCAAACUGGAGCAAACCUUUAUUUGUUAUUAGUAAAUAAACUUUGUUAUUUUUUAAUGAUUGGAUGCCGAUAUCGAAGUAGAUCGUCCCGACUAGUAAUAUCCCUGUGAGUGAUGAAUGUGGAUUGUUGAAAAAACUAUGAAUGCAAAGUGUUGCCAGAGACAACACUUUGUUACUGUUAGAACGUCAAAACCAAUUGUAUUUCACGUGUUUCCAGUUAAUUGUUCAAUUAUUAUAUAAUAUAUAUAUUCAUAAAGAGGGUUCAUACUAAAUACCCUCGAGUGACAUUUUUCGAGCUCCGCUAGGCUUCUGCAAUAACCUAUUCGCUGUUACAACUUCGUGUUGAAAGUAGGUAACAAUGGAUAUAGAAGAAAGUAUUUCAUCUGACGAAUCAAUAACGAGAAGCACGAAAGAUGAAAAACCAAGGGUACUGUCAACAUCUUCGGACAAGGAUUUCGUUCACGCGCAGAACGAUCCACUAGUUAACCAAGAGUACGAGUCUACCAUAAAGGAAGAAGAUUCCGACUCGGACUCGUCGUCAGAGGAGGACGAAGAAGAUACGCAAUGGCAGAGAAUAAGAAAAAGACGUUCGAUAGCAAAUGAAUAUUCGGAAGAAGAGAAACUUCUAAUCGAAAACGUUGAUUGCAACGAUCCUUUUGCUCUAUUCAAAGUUUUCUUCACCGACUACAUAGCAGGAAUAAUAGUCGAAGAAACAAACAAAUAUGCAGAACAAUGUAUGAAUUCUUUAUCGAGCAGGAGAAGACACCAACAGGCUUGGCAACCCGUUACAAGAGGCGAAAUUAAUACGUUUAUUGGUAUAUUGCUAAUCAUGGGUGUUGUGCAACUGCCAGAAAUUAGGCUACACUGGUCUAAAAAGACCAUGUAUAUGAACACAUGCAUAAAAAAUAGUAUGAAACGUGAUCGAUUUUUAUCUAUAUUGAAACAUUUACAUUUUUCGAACGACACAACAGCUGAAACAGAAGAUCGAUUGCAUAAAAUUAGAAGUAUCGUGGAGAAAAAUUUUUUCUACGAUAACGAAACAAAGAUUAUUAAUUUAUACGAUCAAUUGUCAUCUUACUAUAGUUGUUUGCGGAAAACAGUCAAGUGGUACCAAAAAAUUAUAAUACAAUUAAUAUGCGGGACAUGCCUAGCGAAUGGAUGGUAUAUAAAUCAAAGAUGGGGUACCAAGUACAUUAAUAUUUUACAAUUUAGGGAACAAAUUAUUGAUCAUCUGUUAACCAAUGUUCGCGACAUUGAAAAAAUGAAUAUCGAAAAACCAGCAGUUUCGAAUAAAGUUUCACAUUUUCUCGAAUCGUGUAAAGAGCCUGCGAGAAAGUCAAGAAAAAGAUGUAGGCAAUGUUAUAAAUGGUUAUGCGAAACAAAGGGUAGAGAUUAUGCCAUGAGUAAGGCAAAGAGAGUGACGACUUAUUGCAAUAGUUGUAAGGGCCAGCCAGCUCUCUGUUUGACAUGUUUUAAAAAAAUACAUAGAAAAGAUUAACGAUAAGUUAGAAUUAUAAUAUUCAAUUAUCUUUUUACAACCGAAUUUUUGUUAUUUACGUUUAUAAUAUUAUUUCUAGUUAUAUUUAUAAUACUCGGAUCAAAUAAAGUAACUCCUACUUUUUUCAAUUAAUAUACGUUAAAUUUCUAUUGUUUAAAUUUUCAACUGUAUGGCGGUUUUUUUUUUUUUUUUGCCGUCUGAUAGAACAUUCAAGUAUGUACCACCGGUGAUACGCGCCGCCUGAUGGUGCACGCCGGUGUGAACGUGUUAAUGAGAUACAAUAUUCUUCUACAAAUAAAGAUAUAGACUAUAAA